AUGGCCCUUCGUUCCCUAGAGGACAAAGCCGGAUGCAACGUUGCGUGUACCGACGCAGGCACUGCAUGGAAUCGCGAUGAUGGGUUCGAGUCGUCUCCUGCGGACGCCGCGGACAUGCAGCGGAUGGGAAAGGAGCAACAGCUCGUGCGGCGGUUCCGGUUCCUGUCGAUGGCUUCGUUCGUCGCUGUCGCCACGGCGUCGUGGGAAUUCACCGUGUUCAAUCUCACGGGGGGCUUGACCAACGGCGGCAGGCCCAUGUUGAUCUAUCCCAUGCUGUGGAACAUCGCCGGCUUCUGCCCUAUCUAUCUCAGCAUGGCGGAGAUGGCGAGCAUGGCACCCAUCGCCGGAGCCCAGUACCAUUGGGUCAGCGAGUUCGCCCCGGAAGGCCUCCAAAGAGCCCUCAGCUAUGUCACCGGGUGGACUUCGACGCUUGCAUGGCAGGCAGGAAAUGCCUCGGGCGUCUUCCUCGCUGCCACGAUCAUCCAGAUCCUGAUCUCUCUGCACGACGUCGAGUACGCCAUUCCCCAAUGGCACACAACACUCCUUGCCAUGAUGGCUGUUCUGGUUGCCUUUGUCGGAAACGUUUUUGGCGCGAGAAUCCUACAUAUGUGGCAAAACGCGGUUUUUGGUCUACAUCUUCUGGUCUACCUUGGGUUUAUUAUUCCCAUCUGGGUGAACGCUCCCCGGGCGUCCUCUUCUCAAGUUUGGACCGGGUUUACAUUCGUGGGAGGCUGGCCUAACGCGGGCCUGGCAGUGCUGGUUGGACAGCAAACAGCCAUCUUCACCCAGAUCGGUGUUGAUACGGCUGCUCACAUGUCCGAGGAAGUCAAGCAUGCAUCAAAAGCCGUUCCAAAGGCGAUGAUUGCUAUCUGGCUGGUGAACUCCUUCCUGGCCCUCACUUCGUUCAUCACGAUCGCCUACCACCUCCCCAACCUCGAGGAGGCGCUUGCGGAUCCCACCAUGUAUCCGAUUAUCCACGUUCUCCGGCAGUCCAUGUCGAAGGAAUGGAUCACAGUGCUCCUCACACUUAUCCUCUUUCUUAUAGUCUGCUCCAACAUGACGUAUCUUGCAGCCGUCACUCGGGACAGCUGGGCGUUCGCGCGGGACCAGGGCCUCCCAUUCUCGGACUGGAUAGCAACGGUCAACAAGAAACACCGCAUUCCCCUAAACGCGAUUGGUGUUACCAGCGUUAUCAGCGGCUGCCUGAGCUUAAUAUACAUUGGCAGCCCCAUCGCCUUCUAUGCCAUGGGCUCUCUCAUAACCGUGGCACUGCUUCAGUGUUACUGCCUCAGUAUUGGCUGCAUCUUGUGGCGUCGUAUUGCGCACCCUGAGACACUGCCGCCUGCUGCAUUCCCUCUGGGCAAGCUUGGUAUCCCCGUCAACGCGGCAGCCGUCUGUUAUGCCCUUUGGGCGUUCUUCUGGACAUUCUGGCCAAUAGGUUAUUCGAUAACGUCGAAGACAUUCAACUGGGCCCCGGUGCUUUUCACGGCAACUUUGGUUAUUUCGGGGAUUCACUUUAUAUUUGUGGCGCGCAGGAAGUACUUUGGCCCCGUUAUAUAUAUUCAAGGCCGAAAUAUACAGACUAGCUCAGGGUGA